AUGCAUCACCUAUCUCGGAUUUUUGAGCAUCGCAACCGUACCAAGGCCAUGGAUCGCAAGAACCCGCGGAGGAAGCCCAAGCUCGAGCGCCGCAACGCCCUCAAGUACUCCGAAUACGACGCGGGAUCGUCUACCUCCGACGACACGCUCUACACGCGCUCCAUGGAGUUCUACGACCGCACCAGCUUCCGAAUCGAGGGCGUCGAGGGCGAGUUCGAUCGAAUUUGCAGGAGUUUGGGCCUCUCCGGCCCAGAAGAUUUCGCUAUUCCCGCUGCGGCCUGGGAAGCCAUGAAGUUUCGUUCCUCUUCGGAUAUUCUCCCGAGACUGAAGCUCGACAACCUCGAUAUUCCCGAGGAAGAGGAAGAAACCAGCGAAGAAGAAGAAGAACCGAAGGUAAACGAGGAGAUAAUAGUAAAACCACCUGAGGAAUGUGAAUUGACUGAAAAGUUCCAAGAUAGGGUUAAGGUGAGGGAGGUAGAUGAAUCGAGCACCGGUAUUAAGGGGGUUCGGCCGCCGAUGCUGAAGCCGCCGCCGGGGGCGAGGGUUCAGAUGGUGGAUGAUUUUGCGUGUUCCACGUGGGACCUUUUGAGGGAUUUGGCUCCGAUAGGGGAAGGGGUACAGAUGAAGCAUUCCGAGCAUGAGAUGGAAUUAGAGAACGUUGCUCCGCAAGGAGAAGUAGAGAGGGAAGUAGCAGAGAAGGAAGAAGGGGAAGUGGGUAGAGCGAAUCCGAAGAGGGACGAGGAAGAGAAUGUGGAUAGUGCAGCGAGGAUUGCGGAGAUCGUGGCUGGGUUUUCGGAAUCGUGUUCGUUUUCCACGUCGAACGAAGAUGAUUCUUCCAGUAGUACCACGGAUCAUACGUCCAAUAAUAUUUCUCCGCAAGGGAGAAUCAAGCGGAUUAUUACCGCCGGAAGCUGGCAGAAGGGUGAGUUUCUUGGGGGUGGCUCGUUUGGCUCCGUUUUUGAAGGAAUUUCUGAUGACGGGUUCUUUUUCGCUGUAAAAGAAGUUUCACUGCUUGAUCAGGGGACUGUGGGAAAGCAAAGUGUAUAUCAACUGGAGCAGGAAAUAGCACUUUUGAGUCAGUUUGAGCAUGACAAUAUUGUUCAAUACUAUGGCACGGAAAUGGAUGAAUCAAAGCUGUAUAUCUUUCUUGAGUUUGUAACCAAAGGUUCCCUAAGAAGCCUCUAUCAGAAGUAUACACUACGAGAUUCCCAAGUAUCUGCCUAUACAAGACAGAUUUUGCUUGGUUUGAAAUAUCUUCAUGAUAGAAAUGUGGUUCACAGGGAUAUCAAAUGUGCAAAUAUAUUGGUGGAUGCAAGUGGAUCUGUCAAGCUUGCAGAUUUUGGAUUGGCAAAGGCAACCAAAUUGAAUGACGUUAAAUCAAUGAAGGGUACAGCAUUCUGGAUGGCCCCCGAGGUUGUGAAAGGAAAGAACAAGGGUUAUGGGCUUCCAGCUGAUAUGUGGAGUCUGGGAUGCACUGUACUGGAGAUGUUAACAGGCCAACUUCCGUACUGUGAUUUGGAAUGUAUGCAGGCAUUAUUUAGAAUUGGAAAAGGUAUUCGACCUUCUAUUCCUGACUCUCUUUCCAGAGAUGCAAGCGAUUUUAUCCUGCAGUGCCUUCAAGUUAAUCCAAAUGAUCGUCCCACUGCUGCUCAACUUUUAAACCAUUCAUUUGUCCAAAGGCCACUUUCCCAGUCCUCUGGUUCUUCAUUUCCUCAUGUUCAUGGCCGGAAGGAUUAA